UAGGAUGGUUAAUCUUGAAAUUAAUAUCUCUAACUCUAAACCGCCUUGGUUACCAACAUCCAACAGCUCCAGCUAUCCUAGUGGCUGGAGUUUGUCUUUAGUUGCAGAAAAAUGCGUGUAAGGUCGAUAUCAUUUGUGAAAAACAUGCCGUUAUUAAUUUUAAUUCGUGUUCUAACUGAUAUCGUUGGGUCUCAAUCGCUGCAGCCGUCCUGUACUAACGCGGGACUCCAGAGUACCGUGCUCAACAUCAGCUUAGUGGUAAUAAGCGAUACCUCCACGGAAGGUUAUCAAGCUCUGCCGUUUCUGGGACCGGCACUUUCCUUGGCCGUAGAACACGUUAGCGCGAAGUAUAACGGCGCGAUGAAUUUCAGUUUACACUUUAUUGGGAAACGAGGGUGUAAAGAAGUCGGUAGCAAUGCGAUCUCAAUGAUAUCUGAAUGGCAUUAUCGUGAAAGAAAUGAUCGCGACCUCACAAUUUAUAUCGUGCCAUCAUGUGCAGACGAUACGGAGAUGCCUUAUUUUCAUACACAGUGGGAUACUUUGUGGAUAUCAACAGUCUCGGCCGGGCCCAAAAUCCGCCGUCGCGAUUUAUACCCCACCUGGAUAUCCACCAACUUUUUUUUGGUGUCCGAGUGCGCUGAACUGUUUCUUGAGAUAUUGAACAAGUAUAAUUGGACUUCCAUAGCCGUGAUUAUCGACAACAGCCCUCCUCCAUUCUAUUUCAUAUUGGCAACGACAUUCCUGAACAUUGUUAAAAGCCAGAAACACAUCGUUAGUAUUGUGAGGAAUAUAGAGACAAAGGCAGGUUCCACUGGAUUUCGAUCGAUUCUUGAAAGCAUCCGCACGAUAAGCAGAGUGGUGCUGUACUUUGGCGCUGAACCGGCUUUGUGGGAUUUUUUGUGGACCGCUUAUAUGUUGAACAUGACAAACGGAGAAUAUGUAUACCUGCUGGUAGAGAAUAACAUGUUUCGACCAAUAAGCUGGCAGAAUAGCGACAGAAACGAUUCGGUGCUCCUUCAAGCGUUCCACUCGGUCUUAAUUGUGAAUCCAAGUGAGAACAGCGAGAAUGUUGGCACAAAAAUGCAGCUCGGGAAGGAAUUUCUCCGGCGAACAGAGCAAGAUUAUAAUUUCACAUAUCCAAUAUCAAACCAGCCAUAUGCCCUUAUUGUCGGAAGCUACAUGACCGUCUUUGCACUAGCGGAGGCCAUCAACGAUACAAUUACUUCAGGCGACAGAGCGAAUUGCAGCGGUGUGGCACUAGCAAGGCUUCUACUGAAUCGAACUUUUACUGAUGACUUUGGCAACAGCAUGUAUAUAGACAGCGAAGGACAGCGGCGCACCGACUUCACGGUUUCUUUCUUCAACGCUAACGGAAGUCGUGAGCCGUUGUUGCGAAAAUUUGGCCAAACAGGAGACUUACUAGAAGUGACACGGUUAUUAGUGUGGGUCAACAGUUCAUUUCCUCCUCCCAACGAACCGUAUUGCGGAUAUUUGAAUCAGAAGCUAUCCUGCCUUAUACCAAGUGACAACCGCUCAGCCUACUUGCUAACAGCGAUUUCCACAAGUCUCUGUCUUGCUGUCGGCAUAAUGAUAAUAGGAUGGAUUGCAUAUAACAAAUUUAAGGCUAAAUACCAACUGCUCCGAGAUCCGUGGUGGCAAAUCCAGCUGCACGAACCAAAUAAUCGACGAACAGCAUCCUGUCGUUCUCUUCUCUCGAAGAUCUAUUCGGAUCAUUUCUCAUACGAGUCCAGUGACCUCCCUACAACUUUUAGCUGGACUCGAAGCUUCUGUGGCGCCGUAGUUUUCGGCACAUAUAGAACCAAACCCGUUAUGGGCUGGAAACUGUGCCAUCGGAACCAGCCAGUUGGCUUUCCCGAUAUUUCGGAAAAUAAUGAACUGUUGGUGCUGCUUCAAAAGUUGAGCAGAAUGGAGCACCUCAAUAUUUGCCAGUUUGCCGGACUUGCCAUAACACGAUCUUCUAAAGGGAUUUACUGGAUUUCGGCAGUAAUAGAGUGCCCUUCACGGGGCGCGUUGCCUGACAUAUUUGACAGCUACGCUAGCAGGGACGCGGCACUACUUCCCUGUCUAGCUCAUGAUUAUCUCAAAGCAGUACGAUAUAUCCAUAAUUCUUCGCUACAAUUCCAUGGACGAAUCAGCGUCUUGACCUGUUGGGUCGACAAACACUUUACACUUAAGCUAGCGCAUCUUGCUUCCGACAGGUUGAGACAAAAUCUGCAUACAGCGUGUGGAUUUCUAAGUACAGGAGUGUGUCAAAAUAUUGUCUGGGAAUCCUUCUACUGGUCACCACCCGAUACCGGAAGCAGUCAUGAUAGCAGGUUAUUGCAAAUGGUUGAUAUUUACUCCAGCGGUCUGGUUUUGCUUGACAUAUUGACAAAAGGAAGGGUUCUAGAAAGCGUGAGAUCGCUCACCAAAACUGGCCGAAGUCUUCGUGAACUUUCGUUUGGAACACUUUUAUCGUCCUUGCCCGAAUUCGAAGUGAUACUGCGGUCUUGUAUUGCUCUUAAUUCACCCCAGCGACCAGACAUAAAAAGUCUUCUCCGAGCGCUGGCUCCUAUGCUGUCUCCACAUUCGCACAAAACUACGAGUACAUUCUUCGAUCAAAUCUAUGCCAGACUGGAAGGUUAUUCUGCUGAACUGGAAUGUCAAGUUACGAAGAGGACCAGCGAACUAAUGGAGGAAAUGGAUAAAUGCGACGCUAUUAUUAACCAAUUCUUACCACGGUCUGUGGCGAAGCAGUUACGAGCCGGUGAAAAGGUUCUACCUGAGUUCUUUGAAUGCGCCACGAUUCUGUUUACUGAUCUCCAUGGAUUUGCUGACUUUGUAAAGAUCCACGCACCCGAGAUGACGAUUGCUGUUACGUCAGCGACGGAAGUCUGUAUAGAUAAGCUCACAACGGAGUGCGACGUGUAUAAAGUGGAAGCAGUCAAUGAUUCGUUCAUGGUGGCUAGCGGAAUACCAGAAAGAAUAGGAAUAAAACACAUCGAGCGAAUUGCGAGUUUUGCUACAAGGCUGGUGGAACUGCAGACGCAAUUUACAUUUCUGGAAAAUCUUCGGUUUAAGACUGGAAUUCAUUCGGGUCCCUGUGCUGCGGGAUUAAUGGGACUAAAACGACCUCGUUACUGCCUAUUUGGUGAUACCGUCAACAUGGCUUCCAGAAUGUGCAGCCACGGUUUACCAGGGCGUAUCCAUAUCAGCCCGGAGAGUCAACUUCUUCUGGAGCAAUUUAGUCAGUUUAUCGUCGAAGCACGAGGACUGCAGGCUAUCAAAGGAAAAUAUGAAAUAGCAACCUACUGGCUUCUUCCGUUUCCCCAGAAAUAAAUGAACGUUUGCAUUCUUAAGUGUGAAAAUCUUGCAGUUGCCACAUAUUUUAAUGGCAAUGGUUAUAUGUACAGUACUAUCAAAACCGUUUAGU